AUGGGGCCCUGGGCAAGGAUGGUCUGCUCCCUGUUCCUCCUGCUGCAGGUUCUGGCUGAGCCGGCUGAGAACUCGGAUUUCCACCUGGCUGGGGAUUACCUCCUGGGUGGCCUCUUCACCCUCCAUGCCAAUGUGAAGGGCACUGUCCACCUCUACUAUUUGAAAGUGCCUCAGUGCAAAGAGUAUGAGAUGAAGGUACUGGGCUACAACCUAAUGCAAGCCAUGCGCUUUGCAGUGGAGGAGAUCAACAACCAGAGCAGCCUGCUGCCUGGAGUGUUGCUGGGCUACGAGAUGAUAGACGUGUGCUACGUGUCCAACAAUAUCCAUCCUGUGCUCUACUUCAUGGCGCAGGACGACUUCCUGCCCAUCCAGGCAGACUAUACCUACUAUGUGCCUCGCGUGGUGGCUGUCAUUGGCCCUGACAACUCUGAGUCUGUCUCGACUGUGGCCAGCUUUCUCUCCCUCCUUCUCCUUCCACAGAUCACCUACAGCGCCAUCAGCGACCAGCUGCGGGACAAGCGGCGCUUCCCGGCCUUGCUGCGCACGAUGUCCGGCGCCAAACAUCACGUCGAGGCCAUCGUGAAGCUGAUGGUGCACUACGGUUGGAACUGGAUCAUCGUGCUGGUGAGCAACGACGAGUACGGCCGCGACAACAGCCAGCUGCUCACCGAGCGCCUGAGCGGCCGCGACAUCUGCAUCGCCUUCCAGGAGCUGCUGCCCACGCCGCAGAACAACCAGGAGGAGACGCUGGAGGAGCAUCAGCGCCUGGGGGCCAUCGUGGACAAGCUGCAGCAGAGCACCGCGCGCGUCGUGGUGGUGUUCUCCCCGGACCUGGUCCUGCACAACUUCUUCCAGGAGGUGCUGCGCCGGAAUUUCACGGGCGCCGUCUGGAUAGCCUCCGAGUCCUGGGCCAUCGACCCGGUCCUGCACAACUUCACGGAGCUGCACCGCAUCGGCACGUUCCUGGGAAUCACCACCCAGAGCGUGCCCAUCCCGGGCUUCAGCGAGUUCCGCGUGCGCCGCUGGCAGGCCGGCCUGCCACACAGCAGCAGGCCCAGCCAGGAGGGCACCUGCAACCAGGAGUGUGACACUUGCUUCAACACCACAGAGUCCUUCAACACCAUCCUUACUCUCUCGGGGGAGCGCGUUGUCUACGGCGUGUACUCAGCUGUCUACGCGGUGGCCCAUGCUCUGCACAGCCUCCUGCGCUGCGACCAGACCGGGUGCUCCAACAGGACGGUCUACCCCUGGCAGCUACUUCAGGAGAUCCGGAAGGUCAACUUCCCCCUCCUAGGCCACCAGAUCAAGUUCGACACAGAGGGGGACAUGGCCAUGCCCUUGGAGAUCAUUCAGUGGCAGUGGGACAUGACACAGAAUCCUUUCCAGAGCAUUGCGUCUUACAGUCCCACGACUGAGAAGCUGGAGGUCAUCAAGGUCGUCUCCUGGCACACCCCGAACAACAUGGUCCCUGUGUCCAUGUGUUCCAAGAGUUGCCAGUCUGGGCAAAAGAAGAAGUCCGUGGGCAUCCACCCCUGCUGCUUUGAGUGCAUCGACUGCCUCCCUGGCACCUACCUCAAUCAGACCGCAGAUGAAUAUGACUGCCAGGUCUGCCCGAGUAACAAGUGGUCCCAUAGAAGUGACACCUCCUGCUUCCACCGGCGUCUGGCCUUCCUGGAAUGGCACGAGGCUCCCACCAUCAUUGUGGCCGUGCUGACUCUCCUGGGCUUCCUCAGCACCCUGGUCACCCUGCUUGUAUUCUGGAGGCACUUCCAGACACCUGUGGUUCGCUCAGCUGGGGGCCCCAUGUGCUUCCUGAUGCUGGUGCCAUUGCUGGUGGCCUACAUGGUGGUCCCAGUGUAUGUGGGGUUACCCACGGUCGCCACGUGUCUCUUCCGCCAGACCCUCUUUCCCCUCUGCUUCACCACCUGCAUUACCUGCAUCACCGUGCGCUCCUUCCAGAUCGUCUGUGUCUUCAAAAUGGCCAGCCGCCUCCCGCGUGCCUACGGCUACUGGCUUCGCUACCACGGGCCCUAUAUCUCUGUGCUGUGUAUCAUAGCACUCAAGGUGGUCAUCGUGGUGGGUAACUUGCUGACCAACAGCCCCAACCCCACCACCCGUACCGACCCCGACGAUCCCCAGAUCAUGAUCAUCUCCUGCAACCCCAACUACCGCAGCGGGCUGUUGUUUAGCACCGGCCUGGACCUGGUCCUCUCCGUGCUGGGUUUCAGCUUCGCCUACACAGGCAAGGAGCUGCCCACCAGCUAUAACGAGGCCAAGUUCAUCACCCUCAACAUGACCUUCUACUUCAUCUCCUCUGUCGCCCUCAUCACUUUUAUGUCUGUCUACAAUGGGGUGCUGGUCACCAUCAUGGAACUCUUGGUCACUGUGCUCAACCUUCUAGCCAUCAGCCUGGGAUACUUUGGCCCCAAGUGCUUCACAAUCCUUUUCUACCCAGAGCGCAACACACAGGCCUACUUCAACAGCAUGAUCCAGGGCUAUACCAUGCGGAAGGAGUAG